GUCCUACAUUGAGGAUCUCAGCCCGCUAGGUUGUGAUUAUCGGGUUUGAUGGUUCUGCUGUCAACAGAGCAUCACUACUAUCUUCUCCUGAUGUGUUUAUCCUCAGAGAGAUUCAUCACCUGGAGAGGGUUCAGUCGCUCCCAGCAGUACCAUGGUUACCUGCCCUGAGGGCCGGGGUGUUGCUACACGGAGAAGACUCUCACCAAGCCUCUCACCUGAGAGCCACAGCUCCUCACCUGAGAGCCUUGCAGCAGAGCCCAGAGCAGCUGGAGCGGAGAGAGGAGCUGGAUGGAGUGAUAGCAUGUAGCUUCUGGAUCUACCGCCGUGCAGAGAGAGAGCCUGAAGGCCUCAGAGAUGAAGACGGUGGGACCAGACCAGCCCUGCAACCGACGGAGGAAGACCUCUGAGAGGAUGAGGAGACCCUCUGCUGACCCUGAUGGAAGCAAAAGGGCUUUACUCAGGAGAAUCAGGAUUCACCCAGAGGCCCAGAGGAUUCUGGGUAAUUCCAUCAUCGCUUUAGUUUGCCUGGAACGUAUAGAAGACCUAGCUGGGGCACGCCCGACGUUGCACUCCACAGCCCUGGGGCCCACGGUGACUCUGACACGGGUCCAAUGGCCACCUCACCGGCCUCAGCCCGGGCCUGCGCUGGUCCAUUCUUCUCAUCAGCAUGGUUUCAAUCCAAACACAUCCGACACGUACCAGGCGGGCACUGUGUCCCCCCCAGCCCAGCCACCAGGGCCUCCAGACCCCAUUCCUCCGGACCACACCGCCCCAACGCCCUGGAGCCCUGAACCCCUGCACUGCUCCGUUGGCAUGGUGGAGCCCGAGGAGCACAGCCUUCACAAGGAGGCCGACUCCAACACGCCGCAGCCUCUGUUACAGAGCAGCUGGGAUCAUCUAGCAACAGCAGACACUACUGAAUUGGCACCGCUGGAUCAAGAUCCAGAUCCAGAUCCAGAUCCAGAUCCAGAUCCAGAUCCGGAUCCAGAUCCAGAGCCAUAUCCAGAUCCGGAUCUAGAACCAGAUCCAGAUCUAGAACCAGAUCCAGAUCUAGAUCCAGAUCUUGAUCCGGAUCUAGAACCAGAUCCAGAUCCGGAUCUAGAACCAGAUCCAGAUUUAGAUCCAGAUCUAGAUCCAGAUCCAGAUCCAGAUCUAGAUCCAGAUCUAGAUCCAGAUCCAGAUCCAGAUCUAGAACCAGAUCCAGAUCCAGAUCUAGAUCCAGAUCCAGAUCCAGAUCUAGAACCAGAUCCAGAUCCAGAUCCAGAUCAGGACAUGGUGAUCCAGGUGGAUCCGGACCGAGAGUCUUCCGCCCUGGACUGGGACCAGGACCAGGAGGUGCUUCUGGUUCUGGAGGACGACGCUCUGCCUGAGGCGGAGGUGGUGUCCAGACCCAGGGGGGAGGACCUCCACAGCUCACUAAUGCCACAGGAAGCUGUCGUAUCCUGGCAACAGGCAACUGUCGUAUCCUGGCAACAGGCAGCUGUCCUAUCCAGGCAACAGGCAGCUGUCAUAUUCGGGGAACAGGAAAAUGUCAUAUCAAUCCAACAGGAAGCUGUCGUAUCCAGGCAACAAGCUACAGUCAUAGCCAGGCAACAGGAAGCUGCCUUGUUCAUACAACAGGUUGCUGUCGUAUCCAAGAAACUGGAAGCUGUCAUAUCCAGGCAAAAUGAGGCUCUUGUAUCCAGGCAACAGGAGGCUGUCGUAUCCAGGCAGCAGGAGGCUGUAGUAUCCAGGCAACAGGAGGCUGUCGUAUCCAGGCAACAGGAGGCGGUCGUAUCCAGGCAGCAGGAGGCUGUAGUAUCCAGGCAACAGGAGGCUGUCGUAUCCAGGCAACAGGAGGCUGUCGUAUCCAGGCAACAGGAGGCUGUCGUAUCCAGGCAACAGGAGGCUGUCGUAUCUAGGCAACAGGAGGCUGUCGUAUCCAAGCAGCAGGAGGCUGUCGUAUCCAGGCAACAGGAGGCUGUCGUAUCCAGGCAACCAUCUGACGGACAAAUGGAGAGUGAUGACUUCUGUGCGGUGUGCCAGAUCGGUGGAGAGCUGCUCUGCUGCGACCGCUGUCCUAAAGUGUUCCACCUGAGCUGCCACAUCCCCUCCCUCCUCACCUUCCCAGCGGGGGACUGGCUCUGUACUCUGUGCCGUGGCGAGCAGGACGCAGCAGAGGGCUAUGCCUGUGAGAGUGCACCCAGUGGAGAGAGCAGAGCUCCGUACACGCUGUCCACCAGGGACCAGAGAAGGUGUGAGAAGCUGACUCUGCUGCUGCUCUGUCACCUCCUCAGCGCUCCGUUCCACGAGGCUGUCAGCCCAUUGGCUCAGAACUACUACCAGAUCAUCAGGAGGCCCAUGGACCUCUCGGUGGUCCGGAGGAAGCUGGACGAGAGCAACACGCUGCACUACUUCACCGCGGAGCAGUUUGUGGACGACCUGCUCCUCAUGUUCAGGAACUGUGCCACCUUUAACUAUCCGGACUCCGAGGUGGCCCGCGCGGGUCGUGACCUGGAAGCAUUCUUCCUUGAGCAGCUCCGGCAGGUUUUCAGUGACCGGACCUUCCCGGCAGCCUGCCAGAAGGCCAGCGACCAGGCCCGUCUCUGCUGGCUCCACAAGAAAAGGAAGGACAACUCCAGGAAGAAGAAACAUCUUCUAGGCGGGAAGAAAUACUUCCUGUGAUCUUGGUUUAAUAGUUGUAAACUGUGUAUUGGAAUGACAUGUGUGAAGAAUGACUUAGUUCCACAUAGUUCUUCAAGGUGCAUAGAACCUUGUAUAUGCUGUCUUCAAGCAUUUUUUAUUACCUUUCUUUACCUUAUUGUUCUGAUUGAAGAAACAUGUUAUAUUAUAUUCAAAUCCUAAUUGAAGGAUUUCAAUCUGGCUGUUGUGCUCAGUUUACAUUGUCCAUACAACAAAAUAGUAGAAAAAUAUUGUUUCCUAGAUAGCUUACAAUUUAUUCUAGAAAAUACAAUUUGUGGGAAAUAAUGGAUAUCAACAAAAAGUGGUGAUGUGCUGGUGAACGUUUGCUUCAGGCAUGCUUGUAUUAAAGAAUAAAAAAGAAAACAUGAA